AUGAGACCACCGUCAUUAGCUGCGCUGCUAGAGGCGUUCGGACUCAGAGAUGAGUCGGGAACGCGAGGCUGUUUCGAUCCUCGACAUCAGCAACUCGCCCCUGACUGUUCGGAUGCACGCUGCAGUGGGCGAACAUGUCGGCAAGUAAGGAACGAGAGCGAAGAGCAUCAGGAGGCAGCGAGCACUCCCUGCGAGUCAUGCCAUGGCUCUGAUGAUCCACGGCACGUAAAGAGCGGGAUUCAUGUCGGAAGAUGCUGCGGUGAAAGGGAGGAAUGUGAUAGAGGAUCAAAGUUAUGUCAGAUGAAGCGUUCCCGGCCAGACAGAAGACGUCUGAGAUAUGGAGGAUCAGGACUGCGAAGCCAGAGGCACUUCCUUGGGAUACAGGCAUGUUUGUUUCUCACUCUUGUGGGGGAGGCCACAGGUUGGGUCUCCCUUUCGGAUCAAGGGUACAUCAUCAAGAACAACUUGCUAGCAACAGCUGGAGCGAGGAUUGAAGGAGAGCUCAGGGUGAACGGUGUGAUCAUCUCUCAGCCCGUGGACAACAUCGAGUGCACAAAGGAUCAGAUGGGAGCUCUUCGAUGGAACGACCAAUACUUCGAGAGCUGCAACGGGGUGGACGAUUGGCAGCCUUUGAGGUUUUGCGAUCGAUCCUGUAACGUCAACACUCUAGCCGUCCCUUGCGGACUCCCAGUGAACAAUGGUUGUGGCGAUCAGUGCAACCAGGUCGGCUCAGGUUUGAACAUGAGACAGUGCAUUUUGAAAGUUUCCGCCACUCCCUGCAAUGUCCCAGUGUUCGAUGACUGUAACAAUACUUGCGGCAUUAUCGGACAGUUCGGUUGCGAUGCGUCGGAGAAGAAGUACGGUGCUGUGCUAGUAAAGAGCUUGGAGGACUCGACAUCAACCGCGGCUUACGAAUUCACAGUUGGCUCACCCAAUGCUGUCGCCCACAAGGACUCUCUGUUCCUCACAUACAAGAACAUUGGAGGAAUCAGCAAGGCGCUAACGAUGAUCCGCAACAUCGACAUGUCACUACACGGCGAGCUGAUUAACGGCAUUGAGUUUGCAAAGCCAGAGGGUCAGUGGAAUGCCACAAUGCGGGUGAACAUGCUUUCAGAGCUCAGAGGAGACUACAUCCAGGUCGGGAGGGAUUCGACCAACAGUCAGGUCUACUUCGACGGAGUCAUUGACAAGGAAUGCCCGCUAAUUCUGGACGGAGGUGUGAAUGACGGCAUGUAUACCAAACUCUGCCUGGAGACUCCCAGUCAGCAGCGGUCGAUCACCUUCCCUGAUCGCACUGGCCUAGUCAUCACGUCGGGAAACCGUGAGGAUAUCGAUCAGCUCCCAGGGUUGCGCGGAGACGAUACUUUCGUGUAUACUGGGAGGCACAAGGACCUUGGGAACAUCAUUCCUCCACCACCUUCACGUUUCUCUUGCUCCAACACGACCUGCUCCAAUGAAACUUUGGACAUGAACUUCUUAGACUGUCGGGGGCUGAACUGGAACCUUACCACAUUUGACGCGUACCGAGUUUACUACCUGCUGAGUGACUUCUACAGCGACACAAUACACGCGAGCACUGCCACCCGUGACAUGCUGGCAAGUCUAUGGAAACUCAUUCAGUCGCACAAUGUCUCCACUCCUUGGAAUGGAAGGAAUGAGCUGGCGAAGUUCUUCAUCGAAGCAUCAGUACAGAACGCAGACCUCCCGAGCAUCUUCACUAGAAUCGCAAACCAGUACUCGCCAGAACACACCUGGAAGAACACCUUUGCGAGCGUCACAACCCUUGAGAGGUGCUUCGUUUGCUGCUGCAGCGUCCUCACGCCUGCAGCUGUCAACCAGAAGGUUUGCCCGGCGCGGCGAUCGCGGCCUCAGUUCUGCGUUGGGGGCUCAAGGAAUGGCGAGAUAUGCAAGAGCUCUGAUGAGUGUACGGAUGGGGGGGCAUGUGUGAACGAUCCCUCGCUUACCUGCUACGAGCACGACUUCGGCUUCCGAUGCAUGGACCUGUCGCAAGUACCCAACUUCACCACCACAGUGAACUUCACUGAGCCUCAAAGGCCUCGGACGCUGGUGAUCCCGGAUGCCAGCGGCACCAUCGUGACGACUGGCAACCUUGAGGACAUCACCGCCAUGGGCGUUCUCUCGGCCGAGCUCAAGGGCUGGUCGAGCUACGAGAGCACGACCGCGCUCAAGUUUGAAAGAUGUUACGACGGCACGUGCGGGAUCCAACAGGUCAGCAGCAAGCUGGCAAACAACACCUUGUCCGUGCCUUCCUUCGUUGACGGCGACCUUUUGACUACCGGGAAUCUUGACAAGAUCAGCUUUGAGUCCGGCAAUGUAUCGAGCCUGCGAGUGCAGAAUGACAUGCAGGUCAACGGCCUUUUUGAGUUCGGGCCCGACAAACUCAAAUCCGGUGUGAGGCUUCCGCCAAGGGAGCCCAGCAAGCACUACCUCUACCCGCACGGAGGCCAGCGGGCCGGAUACACCUACGAUGCUAGCAGAGGGCCGGGUCAACUUAACGUCCUCACUUCCACGUCCACUACCGUGUUGGAGUUCGAGCCCUCGAGCCCCACGCUGAAGAUGGACCCCGUGUCGAGGCUGGUGGUUCCCUUCGUCGACGGGACAGUGCUGACGACAGGGAACCUGGAGGGGAUCACGAAAGACACGGGAACUCUGACGAGUGUGUUUGUCAGUGGCCCCUCAUACAUCAACCAAGGGUUCCAGGUAUCCAACGACAGCAAUAGGGAUGCAGCGAUUUUGAGUGUGAGGCCGAGGAUGAACGAGACUAUCAUCUUUCAGAACCCCUACGAUUAUGUCGGUUCCUUCAACGGGACUGCGUUCACGACUCGAGAGGCCUCCAGGACGGUCCUCAAGUUCGGCACCCAGUCGCAGCGGAGAUCUUCGAUGCAGUUCCCUGACGCCAGCGGCCGAGUGAUCACGACAGGAAACCUGCAGGACAUCGAUCAUUUCGUAGGACAGAACCUCAACGUGAGCGGCAAGGCGUUCUUAGACGGGGCGGUUGUCCUUGGCUCGAACCGGUCGACCCUGGUCAACUUCGUCGGCUACUUGUCAAGUGACAUCGUCGUCCGGUCAGCCCCUCGAUUCGAAGCUGCUGAGGAUCAGUUCAAUGACGUCCCAAAGCCAUUCACCUGGGGCAUCCGCCCCAGGACAAGCUGCGUCAACGACGUGCCUGGGCCGCUCAUGGCCAACCCGUUCAUCGACUUCCCGGAGUACAAGAAGUACAACAUCACAGGCUCUGCUACGCUCUGGAUCGACACCACUGACAACUGCCUCCAGCAGUGUAAGAGGUCGGAUCCGACGUGCGGACUGGUGCUCGCCUCUCGGUACUACAGGGUUCAGAUGAAGGACGGCAACGGAAACAAUCUCAUCGUCACCAGUAAGAGCUGCCCAAUAUCCCAGUGGUAUCUGAGGUCAGACUGCCAAGUGCUGCGGCUGGCCCAAUCCAGCAGCUCCCCUUCCGACCCUCUGACUGAGUUCGAGCUGCUGCCCGUCAAGUGUGGAGGGAUCCCCUGCUGGGACAUCAGCCUGUGCCCCCUCGAUUCGAAGACGUGUGACGUCAUCGUCCAGAGUCAUUCGACCAGGAAGUUUCUCUCCUCGGGACGUGGAACUACUUUCUGUGGUAGCGCAACGUCCCAGUUCUGCUCAGGAUGGUCGGACAGCCCGUCCUUGUGGAACGCCAACUUCAACAGCGACAAGACUUACUACCUCACCCGAGUGUCCACCUGCCUUGAGCUGCCUGCCAACACUUCUCAACUCGCCAAUAUCACCUGCGACGGCCCUGGUGGAGACUCGAUCUCGAGCAUCAGCUUCGUGUCUUGGGGAGAGAACGUCGACGGAGUUUGCGGCCUCUACAACGCCAGCACAAGGAGCUGCGGCAACGCGACAGAAAUCGAGGCAGCGUUCAAGGAUCUCUGUCUCGGCGCUGGCUGCACCGUCGCUCUCACCAAGGAUGCCCUUACCCUGCUCAAGAUCGGCACGGCAAGGAUCAAGAGCUUCUCCAGGUCCAGCUGCGAUCCAGCAGUCAGCAGGCUGGCGGUCCAGGCCAAGUGCUCAGUUCCUCCGACCUUGACUGUCGUCAAAGACUCUUCACUCGGGGCCGUUACGGUCGACACGCCGGGGUCGCCGGUCAAGAUUUCUUUGACCUCGUAUCGACAGGGGGAUCUGUUGAACAAGAUCUCGCGCGAGUGCCUUCUGGCCUACUCGAGCGCCACCGACUGCUGGCUGCAGAAGGACGAGCAGUUUGACGUUCACUUCUACAUGAGGAACGAGGCGACUCGCCUGUCCUUCUCCAUCCCAACGGGAACGCGCAAGAUCGAGCUGCCGGAGGCCAAUGGCACCAUGAUCACGAGCGGGAACUUGGAGGACAUCAAUCUCCUGCUGGGCCUUCGAGGCAAGAACAACUUCAUCUUCCAGCAUGGUGGACAGCCUGGCGAUCCUGUUACCAUUGUUGACUUUGCAGCGCUGGGAACUGCUCCACUCACGCGAGUUGACGGCGUUCUGCCAUCCUACUCGGCACCCUACGGGAUGAUCAACCAGGUGCCGCUGGGGGGCAACAGGAGGCUUGUCUUCCCCGACGCGACGGGGACGGUCAUUACGACGGGCAACACAGACGAUCUUGUCUUCAAGAGCAUCGAGCUGCAAGGACUGGACAUCCAGAGUGAGGUUAACUUCGGGAGCCCGGGCUCUCCCACCUUCUCCUACCUCAACCUGGGGAACACGUCCCGGAUCAGUGGCUGUUUCAACUUUCUCAUCAACGAGAACGACGCCACCUACACUCAAGUCUGCACCAUCCCAGCCACCCAACCGCGCAACAUCACCUUUCCUGACGUCUCUGGGACUGUCCUGACCACUGGGAACCUGUUGGGUCUGCCCAACAUUCGCAUUCCCAACGAGCAGCUCUACGUAGGAGGAGACGUCAAUCUCCAGGGCAACAUUUCCUUGGGCUCAGCUUCCAGCUACUCCUCGCUCGAGUUCUUCUCCUGGGUCGAUGGUGACGUCAGCAUGCGAUUCAGCAACCCGGACUCCGGCCCGGCUCGGGUCCAGCUGACCGUUCCGCACCUGUUUGGUGUCGACAUCGCUCUUCGAGACUACCUGAGCACGGACGCGCCGUCACUGCCGGUUGGAGUGAAGGGGAAGGUGGCGUUCAGAGUGCCUGUGGAAGGAACGCAGCAGAUCGAUCAGACUGUCUGCCGGAAUGUACUCUCAUCUCUCUCUAUCUCAGACUACCAUGAACUCGGUUACUACGCGAUCCGCCAAGGCUUCGUAGCUCGGACUAAGAUGGCUGGCCUGCUGUACGCUCGCGCUAUCAUCCAGUACAACCGCACUCUCUACCAGUGCCUGGACGUGUCGGGACGUCAACUCUGCAGUUCCUACGACGUUGACACUUGCACAUGCAAUGGGGCAGGGCAGCAGACGUCCAACGAAUCCGUCGGGUUUGUCAAGGACGUGGCUGUCAACUCAACCUCCUUUGCUUGCAACGGCAUCCUGGGAUCCAAGGAUUGCUCCACCGACACGCCUCCCUGCCUAUCUCCUCUCGACCCUUUCUGCGCAUACGAUGGCAACGCCUCCACCUUCUUCUCCCUCCAGACCUCCACAGCCAGCGGUACCGCAGUGACUGCCAGCUCUGACGUGUUCGAUUUGACAGCCCUGGCGCUCCCAGCUGACCUCCAGCUGACAGUCACCCAGUGCAUGCUGGGGAUGGACUUCGUGAGCCCCACUGUUAUCUCGCUGGUCCGUAUCCUUCCCAGAAGCUCUUUCUCUGCCAGCCUCGUCGGCGCCGUCGUACAAGGGCUCAACACCUCCAACAAGGUCUGGGAGGACGUCCUGGUAGUCAAGGACGUGCUGCCAGAAGGCGUCUGGACCAGCUUCGUCGUCUCCACCGGACACUCCUACGACUCCAUGCGGUUCCUUGGCCCUCAGCUCUCCCCUGCUGCAGCAAGCCUGUGCGACCUGGCGGAGGUGGAGUGGCAUCAGGGGAAAAUAACGCAGCUUCUCUCGCCCAUCUUCAGCGGCGAGCGCUCCUACUUCGUGGACGAGUCGAAGAUCGUGGCGGACCCGACGGCAGCCGAGGCGUUCAAGUGCGCGGAGCAGGGGUGGUACCCGGACAAGCAGCAGGACACGUUCCUGGCAGAGCUGGUGGUGCCGGAUGUGACGGGAACACUUAUCACCACAGGGAACCUCGAGGACAUUAGCAAGGAGUCAGCGUUCAGCAGCUUGGCAGUGCAGCAAAAGCUGCUGGUCAUGGGAAACUCGUCCAUCGGUCAGCCCGGGUCCAAGGUCGAGCUGCAGGGCUUUGCGGUCGGGCAGUUCCCCCUGGCCUUCGUGCACAAGGACAGGACGUCGUCGACUCUCACCCUCCACCUCCCGGAGCCGUCCUCCUCAGCUAUCGUCCACCUGCCGGACUCCAGUGGGUCGAUCGUCACAGCUGGGACGUUGCCUGAGGUAUUUGAGGAGGUGUCGGUGCUGGGGGUGACGUCCCUGGACGGGGAGACGAGGAUCGGGGGAAAUUUGCUGAUAGGAGAUCCGCGGACUGCGAGCUCCGUCAGGUUCAACGUUCAGUUCCUCGGCUCCGUCCCCUUGACCUUCUCCGACCGAUCCUGGCCGGACAACGUCCUCUCCAUAGGGGUUGAGAGCCCGACGGAGGACCGGCUGCUCACUCUCCCUGACGUCAGCGGGACUGUCCUCACCACCGGCAACAUGCUCAACGUUCUCGAGACCACUUCCUUCAUCGGGCAGGCGAGCUUCUACAAAGGCGCCUCCUUCACAAACGAUGACGUCAUCUUUGGCACGCCGGGAGCCGCCAGCUUGUUGGAGGUCAACGCCGUUCUGACUGGUUCCUCCCCCCUCCGCUUCCCUGGAACCUCCCAGGGCGCCUCUAGCAUCUCCCUGGGGGUCGAGGAGCCGUCGGGUAGCCACGUCAUCACCCUGCCGGACGUGACCGGAACCAUCUUGACCACCGGCAACUUCCCCGACGUCGUAGAGUCGCUCAACGUCAUCGGGGAGGCGAACUUGCUGGGCAAGCUCGUGUUUGCGGGGAGCCUGAUCACCAUAGGCAGCCCGGAUCGAGCUGGGAAGGUGGAGGUGAGAUCGGUGAUCCACGGAAGGUUCCCCUUGCGGUUCUCCGAGGGGAUAGCCAAUGUAUCCUCAGGAAGCACGGUGUUCGAGAUCUCCCCCCCGACAGGCCAGAACAUUAUCUCGUUCCCCGACGUGUCCGGUACCGUCAUCACCACUGGCAACCUGCCGUCUAGCAUCGUCUUCCCGGAGGAGGAGUACGUUAUCAAGUGCAGUAGCCUCCUCGCCAAUGCCACAACCGUCUCCCUGGGCGUCAACGCGGCCCCUGCCGCGCACACCGGGAGCUUCGUCUUUACCGACGGGAGCGUAGCGGGAGACAGCUCGCUUCCUCCCUUCAGCUCCAAGGCCGACGGAUCCUUCAACGUGCGGGCAAGAGGAGGCAUCAAGUUCGUGACUGGCUUCACCCCCUCUGGGAAGGAGCUGGGCGUCGUGCUGGAGCCGAGGAGCAGCUCGUGGUCUGUCCUUUCGGACAGGAACAGUAAGGAAGACAUCCAACAAGUGAACCCCAGACUCGUCCUGCAGAAACUUGUGAAGGAGGUUCCUAUCAGCACUUGGUCAUACCAAGGCGAUGAUGUUCGCCACAUGGGGCCGAUGGCUCAAGAUUUCUUCAUGGCGUUUGGACUCGGCGAGGAUCCGACGAGAAUCUCAAGCGUGGAUAUCGACGGGGUUGCGCUGGCAUCGCUGCAUGGGCUGAAUGCGAUCCAAGAGGAAGUGAAGGAGAACGUGAAGGAGGCGAGGAGAGCCAUCGAGCUGCGAAAGCAGCGCAUGACUUCCAUGGAUGAACUUCUCCUUCACAACGAGGAGCUGGCGAGGAGAAACGAGGAGCUGAUGAGAAGCCUGCUGGGGAGGGUGCAGGGCAGAAGGUGA